GCGCCAUUCGUGUUAUGGUACUGUGCGUGGUACUGAGUUAGGUGUGCAGUGGCGUGGUUAUGUUUGCCUCGGUAUUUCUCUUAAUUCGACACAACUUGAUAUGAAAUAAGCGUUGUGUUUCAUUGUUUAACAUUAACUUGAAUUUAUCGAUUAGAUAUUACUAAUUUAGUAAUUCAAAAUGUCCAACAACGACGGACCGGCUUUCAAUGACACUAUUUUGCGGAUUGUAAAUAAUUACAAAAAGGGCUCCGUUCGCGAGCGUAUAUUUGAUUACAAUACGCCGAAAAAACGAUCAUCAAGCCCCACAUCCAGCACUAGCUCAAGCGAAAUCAACUCGGCAGUGAAGAAGUUUAAAGCAGACAAUCAGAUUGUAUGUGCGGGCUCACCACGCGAGUUUCGUCGCCUUAAAUGUGAACUUAUUGAAAGUCGCAACUAUGCAAAAGAAUUGGAGAAUCAGCUUACACAUUUGCGUGCAAUAAAACGCGAAGAGCAAAUUGAUUUCGAGCGUGAGACUAAACGAUGGAAGGCACAGGCUGAAAGGGAUAGAAAAACUAUUGGAGAACUAGAAACUAAGCUCGAUGACUUCAGAAGGAGAGAACUAGCUUGCAAGACUGAAUUAAAUGAAGCUAAAGCACAAUUUGCUAGGACUAAGGCAAGUAUGGAAAUGAAACUUCAUACAUUGGAUGUACAAUUCACCAACUUGAAAGAAGAAGUGCAUGAUCAAAGCACUGAUGAAAACACCAAGAUAAUUCAGUUGGACAGGCAGAAUGAGGAACUGCAAAUCAUGUACAAAGCAGCAAAAGAAGAUACUGAAGCACAUAAAAAGUUUGUUGAUGAAUUAACAUUAAAGUUAAAAGCCAAAACCAACUGUGAAAAUGAAUUAGAAAUCAAAACCCAGGCUUUGAACAAAGCUUUACAACAAAUACAGAAGAUGGAGUUCAACAAGGAGUCAUAUUUGGAAUAUCAGCAGCAAGCUAAGAAUCAACAACAGAAACUCACAAACUACGAAUCAUUAGAGCGCGAAAAUGCGCAACUUCGAGAAGAAAACUCCAGUCUUAAACAAGAUGUUCAUCAUAAACUGCUCCUAGAAGAAGAAGUACAUGACAUCAAAGGUCGCCUACUGAAAUAUAAAGAAUUAGAUAAAACAUUGAAUACUCUGAUGGUGUCAAACGCUCAGAACGAAAUGCACCUUGAAGAGUUCCGGACGUUGGCUAGAAGCAUCUGCGAAACGUCCAAUUCUGAUACAACGCUUCCACGACUGCUGAGAACCGCUGUGGAACGUCUUCAGCAUCAAGAAAUCACACUGACUUCUGAUAAAAUUCAAUAUUCUGCUCUGUCGACCGCCAUGCAUGAGGCCAAGGUGGCGAAAGACGAAUUAGACAAAUGUCGUUCUCACAUUUUGACUUUGGAUAAAGAUACAAAGCAAGCCAAGGCUCAAAUGAUUCGAAUGCAAAGAAAGCUGCAACUUGUAACCGGUGAACGCGACAGUUAUCGAAAACAGUUGGAUUCGUACGAAAAGGAUUUGACAAUUUGUAUUAAUCCAGCGAGUUUAGCAAAUCCAGGCGCAGCGCAGAUUGAAAGUCAAUUUGAACGAAUUAAAAAUCUCGAGCGCACUGUUGAUGAGUAUCGCGAUAUGGUACAUAAACUGGAGAGUGAUCUGAAAAGCGUUGAGGGAUAUUCUACGGAUAAUAUUCCUAUUCGCGCUGAGAAACUGGCACGAUUGCAGAGCGAAGUUGCCAAAUUGAAAGCCGACAAUGAUUUAUUGCGUCAACGCAAAGAUAAGUUAGAGAUACAGUUGGAGGGAUUUCUAGUUGGAGAAGAUGUGGCCUAUGGUCGAAUUGUACACAACAGCAACAAUCCUUUGUCGAACAUUAUAAAACAACGUGAGCAAGAAAAGCAGCGUCUUGAAGAAGAUGUAAUUAGCUUAAAGCGCAAAAUCAAAAAAAUGGAAGACGGUCUAGAAGCAUCUCGUCUGGGCGAUAUCACCAUCGAUCAUCGAGAGGUGCAAAACUUGAAGGAGAAGCUUGCCGCAGCUGAGAACAACGUGGUGCGAUUAAAGGAGUACUUCAAGAAGGCAGUGCAGGACAUGCGUGAUGUCACGUACUUGUUAUUCGGAUACAAAGUUGACAUGAAUCAAUCACAAUACACGAUUACCAGCAUGUACGCUGAGAAGACAGAGGACGUGCUCAGUUUUCAUCUAAGCAAAGAAGGUGCUUUCAACUUAAUGGAGAAUGAGUACAGUUCCAGUCUGGAAGAGAUGGUAGAUCUGCAUUUGCGACAACAACGAUCAAUUCCGGUGUUUCUAAGUUCAUUGACUUUGGAUUUAUAUAAUACGCAGACUAUGACAAAAGCAUACGAUAUUCAGGAGGACGAUGACGUCGAAGACGAUGAGGAUGAAGAGGAAGAAGAGGAGGACGAUGACGUAGAAGAUGAUAACACUGAGGAGGAAGAUUAGAGGAAGUAUUUAGUUUAUAUUCAUGUAAAGUUCUAUGUUUAAUAAAAUUAUGUCUUAUA